CUCAAACCCUAGCGGUCAGACCCGAUAAAAUGGGGGUUGAUUCAGAACUGGGGGUUCAAGCGGCUACUUCCAGCUCUUCUGCAGAAAGGCUCGCAGGAAAUGGUGAGGAGAACAUAAAGAAACUGCACAUCUUGCCCCUCAAGGAGGCAGAUGCUCAAAUCAAGGGAAAAAGUCGCAUGGAUGUUCUCGCAGAUACACUCCGUCAAAUUCGGAACACGAAAGAGGUGGUUCGUUCGGGUGAUUUGGUGAAAGCAUCAAACGCCGAAUUUGUGGUCAUUAAGUGUGACCCUCCUCAGGGCUGCCUUGGGAUGGACACGGAUUUCUUUGUGGAUGGAGCUCCAGUCAUUUGUUUUCAGAAGAUCCAGUUCAGUGCGUGGGGACCCACGGAGUUCUCUUCUGAGCAACUCUUCAACGAGUACGUGAGGCCAUACUUCAAAGGAGAGUACGCGCCCUACAGCCCCGAUGCCAAGCGGGUUCGUUUGUUGUAUGCGGGUCAGGUGGUGAAGGUUGGUGAUGUCUGGUUGCAGGUGGAGGCCACUGAGCCAACGGGUCUUGGAUUGGUCUCCACCGACACAGAGAUCUUCGCAAAUUGGGACUCGACACCUGAAUUCGAGAAGGUUCACAUCCUUCCCUUCAUGGAUACGCUGCCCCGGGCGUAUGAGUAUGAGCUCUUUGGCGAUUACCUCAAGCCUUACCUGGUGGCCAAUCCACAUAGAAAGUACCAGGCGAAUGAAUUCUUUACCUAUCAAGGCGUGCAGUUCAAGGUUGUUGCUUGUGAACCAGAUACCGUUGCGCGCAUUGGCAAAAGCACCACAAUCUUUUGCGAGGGUCAAUUGCAGCCAUCCCUCCGGAAUUUGCUGCCGCCAAAUUUGAUGAGUCAGGUGGCGCAGCUCCCCCAGGGGUUGCAGAUGUUGCUCCUGAGCUCCGAGCGAUCGACGCGAGAAGUGGAGGAGAUGCUGAACCAGAGGAGGGGAUUGUUCCCUCAGACUAUUGAGGAGAUAGAGAGGUUUGAUUGGCCUCCUCCUCACGGCCAUGCGCAGCAAACCUGCAUGGUGUGUUUGGAGGACUUUGAGCUGGCGAUGCCAUGCAGGCGACUUCCCUGUCAGCACGUCUUUCACCAGAAAUGCAUCGACGAAUGGCUGCGAAGGUGCACGGACUGCCCCAUUUGCAAGGCAAAUGUGGAUCGAGCAAUGCGCAACUAUUGAUAGGUGACAGUGGUGUGACGUUUCGUCUUCACUGGAGGUCACCAAGGACGUAAUGAACGUUGCUUUGGUAGAAUCCUAGCUUCACUGUCUCUAGUCUGUUGGUGCAACGUCAGUCACGAGUCAGAGUUAUGCUGGCACAAAAGCAACGUCCACAGCGGUGGAUUUGUUUCACCCCUAGCAUUGGACGGACGCAUCUUUCAAUAGUUCUGUCAAGACGAGGUUUUUGAGACUGGUUUGGGUUGUUGUG